CAGUCGCCGUGUAUGAUGCGUCUGUAUGUACAGCUUCUUCCUGGCGAUGUCACGCACACCUACGUCUUCCCAGCAGAGGCGUGGGAAGCGGCCUCUCACGCGGGCAUCGCGAUGGACGCCGUUCCCUUCACCCACGCCGCCCACGUUCCGCGCCUGGUGGAGUUGCUGCGACAUCAGUGCGCCAUCAACACAUUGCUGAAGAGCUGCAUGUCCCAAGGUCCAGUUUCAGAUUGCGAUCACCAUUUUGAGGUACGGCCGGCGGCUGACACCGACUUCUCUGUGACAUUCCAGCAGCCAGACAAAGACUCACUUGCCAUUUUGCUGGUGGGCAUUCCAGAUUCUCAGAAUAUUACAUGCAGAUUAUACGGAGCUGGGAUUGGCGAUUCCUCCCUGGAUGAGUACGUCGCCGGGAUCUUGAAGAGGUGCAUGUCCAUCCCUCUGAGCCUCCACGCGUUGUACGAAAAGAUGAAACUCACUGCCGCCGCCCCUCCUGACUCCGAAAAGGACUCCACGACUUCCCCGUGCGUACCUAUGAAAGACUGCUGCUCAUUGUCAUCGACCCAGUUGCUUGCCAACAUGACUCGCAACGCCCCCGCAGGCACCUCGCCACAUUGACUGACUACUUACACUACUUUUACUCCAUCUCGAGUCCAUAUAUUUUCCAUUUUCAAUAAAGAAUUAGACUGCAUUGA